AAACAACAAUCGAGCAUUCUUCAGCGAUAUCAAUAAGCGUGUCGUUGGCGGUGGUCUGGAGUUCUGGCGGGGAUUUUUCCAGUCAGUCCCAUCUUUCUUCGGGAGAUCAUAGGUACUGAUUGUCGCUCUUCACAGAUCCGUGCGCCCUUCAACUGCCCAGAUGUUAAUCAACAUCGACAUUGCAAUGACCACCAUGUACCAGAGCGGCAAUGUCAUUGACGUCAGUUUAUCGCAUCUCAACAGUCGUCAAGUGCGCGACCUGUGCUUUAGCACUAAAGACGCCAAGUUCCGUUCCCUGUCGGUUUUCCUCAAGGGCCUUGAAAUUCGAUGCCAAACUGGCAUGGGAAAUCGCACGAAGAUUGUCAGAGAACUUGUUAUGAAGGGAGGUCGGUACGAGUUUGAGAAAGAUGGGCACACGACUACCGUCGGUGAAUACUUCCGAUCUGCGCACUCCAUCAACAUACAGUUUCCCGAGGUGUUUGGGAUUAUGACUUCAGGCAAAAACGCAUCGCAUCCAGUGGUCUAUCCCGCCGAGCUUUGCACUGUCGUACAAGGCCAAUUCUAUAAAAAGCGGCUCCCGAACCACCUCACGAGCGAAGCAGUCUCAUUUGCUACCAUGACCCCGGAUGUGAGGCUCAAAGCGAUCAUGGGAGAUGGCGAUAACGGUAGGGGAAUCAUCUCUCCAAUCCAAGGGUACAAGGACUCUACACACAUCCAGGAAAGCGGCAUGCAGAUAUCCAUGUCGCCGCUGUACAUCAAAGGAACAAUGCUACCCACGCCCAGGAUCGCGAUGGGUCAAGGGGAAAUUGUACGUGACUUGUAUCAGAACGGAGGCAAGGAGUUUGAUGCAAAACGCGUACAGCGGCCCAACAACGGUGCCUGGAAUCUCCGCGAUCAAAGAUUCAGUUUAAGCACCAAGCUCGAGCUAUGGGGUGUCCUCAAUUUUAUUCCAAGGCUGAACGAGCAGCUGUGUAGAUCCUACCUAGAUGCACUGCAGCGACAGUGUUCAUUACUGGGCAUGACCAUAUCAGCACCAGUCGCUGUCAAAUUGGGAAACGAGAACAAUGUAUUCAGGGAACUGAAUGACCUGGUCGAGAUCAUUCACCAAAAGAUUGGCCGACAGAAUAAUAUACAGAUGAUUCUGGUUAUGCUACCACCUCAGGGCGACCCAGUUCAUACACAAGUCAAACAAUGGGGUGAUGUCCAGACUGGUAUUCUCACACAGUGCUUUCGAAGCGAGAAGAUACAAAAUGCGAACGCUCAGUAUUGGGCAAACGUUGCGCUGAAGAUAAAUGCGCGUCUUGGAGGAUACAACCAUCGUGUCAGAUCGCCUGCAUUCGACGAGAUAUCGCAGAAGUCGUUCAUGAUCAUGGGUGCCGACGUGUCCCAUGCAAGCCCACAAACGUUGCGACCAUCAAUCGCUUCCCUUGUCUGGUCGCGCGAUCCGCAUGCCUCCCAAUACAUCGCCUAUACCCGGGUCCAACAUCCCCGGACCGAAGGCAUCGUCGAGCUCAAAGAUAUGGUCAAGUCCGCAGUGCUGCAGUUCGGCUUCCGCAAUCCUGUGCCAGAACGUAUUCUUUUCUUCAGGGACGGCAUUUCCGAAGGGGAAGUUGACAGCGUCGGGGUGAGGGAGAUGAGUGACGUAGAGGAGGCACUGAAAGAAAUAUGGCUUGAGAAAAAAGUGAAGCUACCGUUACCCAAGGUAACGUUCCUAAUUGUGGGGAAACGACACCAUAUCGUGUUCUUCCCCAAGGACGGAGGGUUGAGGGACAGGACAGGUAACUGCAAGGCAGGCUUUGUCACGACGAGAGGACUAGAGAGCCCUCUCUUCCAAGAUUUUUAUCUUCAAAGUCAUGCCGCCAUCAAAGGCACUUCGCGGUCGAGCCACUACAUUGUAGUCAAAGAUGAGAAUUUUGGCGGAAACCUUGAGAGGCUUCACGACCUAUCCUACAUGCUCUGCCAUGUCUACUCGAAAGCCACGAGAUCUGUUUCUAUUCCGGCCCCAGUAUAUUGUAAGUGUUUGGCUUUCGCUCAGGUCGUUCUUGCGCUGAAAGUUGGUGUCUGAUGUAGACGCGCAUGUGAGCUUUCCCGUUAUUGAUUAACCUCUGUAUACUGACUCGCAUCCCCUAGCUUGUCUGCACGCGCGCAGCAUACCAUUUUCCAGGAGAGAUGCGCUUCUUGAACGACGAUACGGAGUCCACGACCAGCACGGAUAACGGGCGUACGAAGAGGAAGGAAUUUGACCUAGAGCCAUGGAAGAGGGAAUGGAGGCCAGUGAACAGGAACAUGGCAUCGUCGAUGUAUUUUUUGUAGGGGUAUAUGAG